UAAUAAUUAAAAAAAAAAACAGUGCUCAAGAAUUCCAUAACAUAGUGCCACAGAAUAGCAGAAUAGUUGAUAUUGGAAUUUGGAGACACCCUUUUGCUUAUGCUUCAUCUUGCCGAGAGUCUACCGGAAACAACCUCCUUACUCCAACAAGGGUGGGAUAAGGUUGCGUACACACUAUAUUCCCCGUACCCUUAUUUAUGAGAUUACACUAGGGUUGUUGAAGGUUUUCUCGAGCGGUUGUGAACUGGUGAAGAUAUUUGCUAGCGGAAAUCUUAUCUUCUGUGUUAAUUUAAGGCAGAAUGGACCACAAUAAUCUUGGAACUUCUCAAGCAAUUAAGAAAGAUUAUAGCAUUAAGAAUGAAAGCAGUGAAUCCAAUCAAAAACUGCAUAAGGCUUCAGGGGAAGUGACAUCUGAAGGGAAUCAAGGUCAAGGUGGUAGGAAUGUCGCAGGCGAUGUAGCUCCACGACAUGUGAAUUCUCAAGGCGAAGUAAAUAUGGAGGCAGAUAUCACUAUGGAUGAUGUUAUAAGAGCCGGAGGUCUAGGAGCAAGAGACGAUUUAAAUAGUGUUCUUCCUAUCGCAACCGAUACCACUGACUUGGAGGCUUCUAUUCGUGAUGCUUGGGACUAUGAAGGACCACGUGAAAGCAUUAAGCGACCGGGCCUUGGCUGGACAGAACCUGCAAAGAAGUAAAUCUAUCCACACUACAACUUAAGGUGGACUUCUGAGGUGUUUUCCAGUUUUACUAGAACUCUUAGACUCUCAGCUCUCGACUGAACAUGCAUUGAAUUUGUCUUACAGUUUGUUCAAGCAAUAAGUUCUAUCCUAGUGUAUGAAAUUAAUGAUCAAUCACGAUGGACAUUUUCGUUAAUAUGCUUAGUUGUCAAUCUGUUAUUGCUCCUU